AUGCUGAAUAUUUUUGCAAUGGAGUGUGUGCGAAUCAGAAGACCAAGUGCGAUAGAGGGAGAGAAGUGGGUAGGCGUGUCUAUUGGCAAGAAAGACUCCAGCGAGAUAAUUAGAUCCAUCUCUUUCUAUUUUAAAAAUAAGCCAAAGUUCAUUAAAAGAAUAAAGCCAGGGGAUGAUGUUCUAGAAAUACUCCUCUGCAGAGAGCGCGAAUACUCGCAAGAAAAAGACUUCGAAUUUUUGUCAUCUCUGGGCAUAGAAAAUCAGAGAAUGUUCACGGUAGAAGUGCCUAAGAUAGAGCCCAAAACAGCUAGAGAAAUAGAAAUAGCACAGGCCAUGUGGCCCUGCACGAUAGUAAAGCCGCAGAUAGAAGAGUGCAGCACAGUUCCUGCAGAAGUUGAAAGAAUAAUAAAAAAAGAAAAAAGGUGCAGUAGUGUGGAUGAAGGCUGUGCAGAAUCUUCGAUUAUUCUGGAGGACAAGAAAGUGUACACUGUUUUUUCAGGGAUAAAAGAAGGAGAAGAUAGCGUAUUUGAGCACUCGGUGAUAAGAAUGGUGCAGAACAUCUCAAGGAGCACAAAAGACUACUUGUGCACGGGAAAGACCGUUAUUCUCUCGGGGGAGCCGUGUUUAGUGUGUGGCAUGGCUUUGGUCCAUGGCCGAGUCAGAGCAAUAUACAUAGCAGGAAAGAAAUCAGAAGAUGGACCGUAUACAAAGUACAGCAUACACGAGAACAAGUCGCUGAAUCACAGGAUAGAGGUGUAUAUGGUAAGCUAG